GAAGGAGUACAACUCGUGUAAAAGUCACAUCUCUACAGAUUGUUCAGAUUGUUAAUUGCUGUGCUAAUUGCCACUAUUUGAAGAACCCACCUGCAGUAAACAAGCACGAAUAUAUGUUCGGAUCGAUGGAAUCGCCAAUAUGCCGAGUUUGCCUGGUCAGUGACAAAAGUAUGGUCAAUGUUUUCGAGGCGUCCCAUGAACCAGGCUUAUCCAUUGCGGAUGUGAUAACUAAGUGCACUGGCUGCCAAGUUGAGGAGGAGGAUCCACUGCCCAACACCAUAUGCAUGUCCUGCCUGGAGGAUGCGGAGAACGCAUUCGAAAUCAUAGAAACGUACGAGAGAAGUCACCAGUUUUACUGCUUCUUCAAGGAUGUCCGCGAGGAGGAAAGCGAAAAUGAGGGAUCCUGUUGUUCCGAAGAAGUGGAAUCAGCUGGAGGGGAUGGCCAGGGAAAAAAUGGGAGCGAUGACGAUGUAGAUUCGAGGGGCAAUAAUUUGGAAGCCGUCGACGACAAUAUCGGUUUUGAACCUGAUAUCAAUAAAAACCGCAAGGCCAAGGAGAAACCCAGCUUUAGCUGUUCCUACUGUCCGAAGACCUAUCAAGCGAGAUCCAGUCUGUCGGUACACAUGCGUUCGCACACAGGAGAACGCCCCUUCAAGUGCUCCCUCUGCCCCAAGGCCUUUGGCUACAAUUGUGUUCUUCAGGGACACAUGCGGACUCACACAGGAGAACGACCCUAUAAGUGUUCUCAGUGCUCAAAGACAUUUACAUUUGCGCACAAUCUCAAGGCACACAUGCACAUACACGAAAGAGGAGAAACGCAUAGGUGCUCAUACUGCCUAAAGGGCUUUCUAACUUUUUCCGUUCUUAAGCAACACUUGGCCACGCACCUUGAUAAACAGUUCCAGUGCUCCCAGUGCUCGAAGGCCUUCCCAAACGAACAUGAACUUAAGAUGCACAUGCGAGAUCACCCUGAACGCCUCUUUAAGUGUUCCCACUGCUCAAAGGACUUUCAGCUAAAAGCAUAUCUUAAGCGACACAUGUUAAAGCAUGUUGGAUGCUCUCAAGGCUCAAAACAAUUAUUCAGGCACAACAGCUAGUCCACACAAGGCCAACUAAGUGAUCGCUUUCGUUUUAGGCAUCAUCUGGAUCGCCAUAUUUCAGCGAAAUAUUUUUUUGGAACUUUGUAAGGUUUUUACUUAAGUAACAUCCUGAGAAACACACUGGAUAAAUUAAAAAGAAUUUAUUUCUAAAGGAAGUUUAUUCCUAAGGGUCAUCUUAGGUUUGCUGAUAGUGCAUGCAAUGUAAUGAAUCCUGGACAAGACGACAGUAGCUACAGUGGACGCCAGUCCACGUGUGACGAAGCGCA